ACACACAGAAGUUUCGUUUUCUUUUCUUCCAGAAUUCUGUAAGGUUGGGCUGGUCAGGGCUCUGCUUCCGGGGUGUGAGCAGCUGACAGCUGCCCGGGUGAAGCUGCAGUCGCUUCACAGCUGCCAGAAGCACCAGGCCAGGCCACUAAACAGCCUUCCACCGGGUCCACCUCUCAAGGCCACGGAGUCGGAGCCUGCCGCUGCCCUGCGUCUCCCGAGCUCCCAGCAGCUGCCAUCAGCAUGGCCGAGGCCCCCGCCGACCCCGGAGAGACAGACCUUGAGGAGAGGAUCCUGGAGAUGCUGAGAGACGCCGGCUCCCCUGUGAAGACUGCCCACCUGGUGAAGAAAUGCCAAGUGCCCAAGAAGAAACUCAACCAAGUUCUGCACCAAAUGAAGAAGGAGUCAAAAGGAGGACUCACCCUCUUGGGCCCCGCGCUGUGGUGCUUGGGCGACAGUGGGACCAGAGAAGUGGUUCCCACAGAGCCAGCAGAGAGGCCCCAGCAGGACACAGUUGCAGUCCCCAGGAAGCCUGGCGCGGAGCUCAGUGAACGGCAGGAAGAGAUCUACAGGUUUCUGGAAGCCCGUGGGCCGCAUAAGGCCCUGAUCAUCGCCCAGGCCCUGGGAAUGAAGACAGCCAAGGAAGUCAACCCAGACUUGUAUGCGCUGAGGAACAAGCACCUCCUGCAUUUAGACGAGAAAUCACACUCAUGGGCGGUUUAUCAACCAGAGGGUCCUAGACAUCAGCCCACUGCUGUCAUUUACCAGCAGAAUCCCAUCAACAUGAUCUGUCAGAAAGGGCCCAACAGCCACAUCUCCAUUCAGAACUCUGAAGGCAUCCAGAUCGGACAUGGGAACACCAUAGUGACGGCACCUGGGGAGGAUGGCUCCACGGCUCCGCUUUACCUCCCUCCAAGGGCGCCAACUGAUCCCUCAACUCAGGGUCCCCUGGCUGGAUCCUUGGGGCCCCAGGACAUCCGCAUGGAGGAGUCUGUGCUCAGACGUGUACAGAUGGGACACGGCAACCAAAUGAGCCUUCACAGCCACCCGGCCGAGAGCCCCGCCCACAGCGCCUGCGGGAGCCCCCCAGUUUCUGUCCCGACGGCCGGCCCAGAAGCUUCCAUUGAAAUUCAGAUCCCUGAACCAGGAGCUCAGACCGAGGGGGUCAUGGCCCAGAGAGUCCACAUUCACGCGUGCUUCCUUGAGGACACCACGGUUGGCAACCACAACAGAAUGACCAUCAGCCCAGGGGCAGGCGGCCACGGAGGAGUCGCAGGGCCUGAGGAGGGCAGGAGGGGCCCUGGGGAGCCAGGAGAGGGCGCAGACCCUCCCUCCAGAGCCGAACGACUGACAACCGAGCUCCCUCCUGACAGUGGUCAAGCUGCCCCCAUCCAUGAUGAGACACUCAUCUCCCAGCUCGAAGCCAUGACUCUCAAAAGCAGGGGCCCCAGGACCCCGGAAGACGGCCCCUGAGUGCACAGAACUGCAGACGCGGGGUCCCCAGGGAGGUGGAUCCAGUGGCAUUUCCAGGACCAGGAAGUUGGGUGGGGACAGGGGUGCCUGGGAAGGGAUGCUGGGGAAAGGUGGAAAAGGAUAGACAAGGGUGGCCAUCAGCCAGGCAAGGCCGCUGUGGAACAGAACUCAUGUCCCCCACGUGCACACACAGAGGCACCUGCCACUCAGUGUCCACAUACCGGUUCUCCCAGUGCCACGCCCAUACCUCAGGUGGGCCUUUCUCUCACUCCACUGUGUCUCCUCCCCUGGACCAAAGACGUUCAAUGCCCAGGAGCCAUGUCCCCCCAGGACUAGUGUCUGCUGGGGGAAAGGAGGGCCUCAGUGAAGAAUAUCAUUGAACACAUUUUUAUCUCCUUUUCCAGCUCAGCUGUGAGGGUCUUGAGGCAUAUGCCCUGACGUGUUGGUCAGUGCCUGGACCAACACACAACACUUACAGUAUGUCCCUUAAAUGGGAAUCCUUAUGCAUUGUUUGAGCUCCUGGAUCCAGUCAUUCCUGAAGCAGGAUUUAUUGCUGCACUUGUCCAUUAGGUGAGUCAUUUGGUUGUAGAUGACAGAAAGCUGGGAACUGAUUAGCACAACAAGGAGUGUAUUGGCUCUUCUGGUGUAGACAACUCCAAGCAUAAAUCAUGCUUCGGGAAUGCCUGGAUCCAGGAUCUCAGACAACGUCUUAGGACUUAGCCUCCUCUCUCCAUCUCUCUGCUUUCCUUUGUAUUGGCAAAGAUGGCUCAGAGUCUCCGGGCUCCCAUGCCACCAGUGUAGCUGCACAGAGGAAGGAGAGCACCUCUUCCUAAUCGCGCAAGUCAUGUUGGAUGGCUUUGGUCAUGUGCCCGUCCCUCAAAUGAUCAUUGGUCAGAGCGACAGAAUGCUGUGAAUGGCCAACGGGUGCCACAUGAUCUAUCCCUGGAAUCAGGAGGAAGGUCAGUCACGACCAGUCACAUGGCUUCAGGGGGAAGGAUGGCCAUUCUCUAAAGUUACCAGAAAAGGGCUGCCUCGAGGCAGGCAAGAACCUCAGAAGUCGGCUUCGUCUCCCCCAGGAUCUGGCAGUGAGCUCACUAGGCACAGAGGCCCUGACUUUCAUUCUGGAGCCCUCAAUGUGUGCUGGACAGGCCCCUCUGCCGACCUCUUCUGAAGGACCCUGCCCUCAGGCUAC